CGUUGACGCGUUUGGCUAAUAAUAAUAACAAAUAUGACGCCAGUGCGAGUCAGUUGACUGGAAAAUAAAUAAAAGAGAACAAAAAGAAAAAGAACUGGUAAAAGUUUUAAAAUGCCAGAUAAAACAACAACUACAACAACAAGCAAAUAAUGCCCGAGGCUCAUAUCAAGGCCAGUCGCAGAGAAAAAAAUAUGAAUAAAAAGUGCACUUCAUUAAAAUGAAAGAAAAUAUCUGAGAAAACUUUACGAAACAAAGUGCAGUUCAAAGGAAAUAAAAUAUACGAAAACGAGUGAAAGAGAGAGAGAGAAAGAGAGAACUCGACGGGCUCUAGUGAAUCGCAAUUUAAUUACGCGCAACAAAACAAAACUAAGAACCCAAAUUGACUGAUAAGAUAAGACCCAACAGCACCAAGCAGCCAGCCAAAGGCGUUGCAAGUGCCACAGCAGCCAGCGAACUGCAGCGAGCGGCGGCGCCACAAACAACAACACAAACAACAGUAAAGAGGCAAACAGGCAAAUCGACAAAUCGCGUAACGGAAGUCAGCGCAUUAGGCAUUAGCUGUCAGCUGGCGUACGUGAGCGAAGUGCAAUCAGAAUCAACGCCAGUUAUUGGCUGGGCCCAUGCCGACACCGACGCCGACGCCGACGCCGAUAUUGUGGCUUGAUGGGCAAGUGUGUCUCCCGGCAGAGCUCUCAAGCACAUCAUCAAUCUGUGCUGACAAUCGCCCUGUCCCAGCAAGAUUUGGCCCAGGCCCACAAAAUAUGGCAACAGUUGACAGCGAGUAAUGAAUAUAUAGCCACAACAGAAUCUGAGCCAGCAGCAGCAGGAGGAGGAGUAGGAGGAGCAGGAGGAGGAGAAGGAGCAGCAGCAGUAGCAGAAGCAGCAGCCCCAACAGAUGAGCCGCCAUUUUAUUACCAUGUGGUGAGCCGCAGCCAGGGGGAGCUGCGACUGGCGGCGGAUGUGGAGGAGCCGGAGAAGCUUUCAUUGAAGACAACUGCUGUGCUGCACAUUGAGUCCGUCUACAGUCAUUUGGAUGCUCAGGCGGAAUCGGAUGCGAAUGGCAAUGUUAUUGGCAGAGCGCUGACAGGCAACGCAUAUGCCACUUGCCAGGAAUUUUUACUGCACGAACUGGCCCAGACACUCGACGAGUAUCAAGCGAAUGCCGCAACCUCAUGCCCGCCAGAUAACAGCCACAGGCCAAAGGCGGUCUGGCAGCUGCCAGAUAGCGAUAUCCAGCACGAACUACGCUUUCAUGGGCUACAUAAGGGCCAAACGGAGAGCAAGAAGCACGGGGGCAAGGCUGGCCGGCGCCACAAUGGCAACGGCGGUGGCCAAUUGGAGCUGGGCGAGCAGCCGCCAGUGCCGCACACCAAAGGCACCGCCAUGUCCUUUGGCUUUCGCAAGAAGCUCAAUGGUACGCCCAAAAAGUUCAAGAAACUGCUCGAGGGCAGCAGCGGGGGCGGAGGCGGAGGCGGUGGGGAGACACCACAGACAGACACAAAGGACGACAAUGGCAAUGCAGCGCCUGUUCAGUUUGAGAAAGUGGGCGUGGCGGCCCAAAAGACAAACGCGUCCAAUCGCACAGGUGCGGCUGGCAAACGGUUUGGCUAUCGCGGCGCCGUGCCACGCCCCGCCUCUGCCAGCCUCACGGCGACAACAAACACAACCAGUGGCAGCGAGGACACCGACGAGGCAACAGCGAAUGCUCAGAACAACAACUGCAACAACAACAACAACAGCAACGGCAACAACAACGGCAAUGGCAACAACAACGGCAACGUGCUCGUGAGCAAUCUGAAACGUCGCUCCAAGAGCGCACACGCGGGCCGCGCAAUCGAUGGGGAGCCGAAAAUAGCGCAGCCAAAGACGCUGACGUUCAAUCUGAACCAGAACACAACCAUCGAGUAUCAGCGCCGUCAGUUCUUUGGCGAGAUUCCGGAUGAGGCAAGCGCCGCAGCCAACGCUCGGCCGCGCUACAACUACAACAAUCUGGCCAAUAUGCACGCCAAUGUGAUCGUUCGACCCACGCCUCGAGCUGUGCCGGCCAGCUUUGCCAAGUUCACCUUGCAGACGGUCAGCCUGCCGCGACCGGAGUAUCCAGUGGCCAUAAGCCUGAGCGCAACCACGCCCACUACGCCCAGCAGCAGCGUGCAGAGCCCGGUGCCGGCGCACUCGACCGGCGCCCGAGCCAAGGAUGUGUCCAGCUCUUCCAGGCAGCAUCCGCUCACCUCCAUACACGCACAGCCCAGCAGCCGGCAGCUGGACCAGAAGAGUGUCAAGCAGCUGACCAACAACUCGACCCGUCGCGGCUUCUCGGGCAGCCGUGAGAUCAGCGCCGACUCGGGCAUCGCCAGCAUGGACAUGGCCGUCGACUCGGGCAGCAGCUCCGGCGGCAGUGCGUCCAGCUCGAAGCGCAGCCGCAGCCGGCCACGCAACCUGCAGAUGGUGAUGAGUGGCCGGCACACAUUCGAGGUGCGCGACGUGGAUGAUCCGCCCUCGAGUGAGUCCAACUCCUUCGUGGAGACCCUGGCGCUGCCCAAGCUGCCCACGGACAACAGUCAGGCCACGCCAUUGCCGCUGGUCGGUCUUGUGCGCUCCAACACGGUGCUCAGCCGCGAGAGCUACGAGCGCAGGCAGGCCACAACGGAGCAGGGGCCCAAUACGAGCCAAACGCCGGAGACACCGGCCAAGCCCCAGCCCAAGGCCAGUGGCUCCGAUGACAGCGAGAGCGUGGACGAGGAGAAGCUCUACCUCGACUCGUCCACCUCCGAGAAGAGUGCCAAACAGCUGAGCCAUAGCCAAACGUCCUCCAUGUCCUGGCGCUGCCAGGCGGGCGAAUCUCUGGCAGCCAAAGACUGCAGCAGCAUGAGCAUCACCAGCAGCGACACCCAGGCGCCUCUCAAGUCCGAGGACAAGGAGGAGGACAUGUCCCUGGGUCUAGAUGACCUGAGUCUCAUCAAUACGGAGAUGCAAUUCAGCACGCUGUCUUCACUGACGGAAACGGCACCCAAGCCCAGCUGCGCAGCUGGCGGGGAUCACAUGCUCAACAUGCACAUUGUGGACAAUCGUGAGGCGAUUGUGGUGCGGCUGCCCAGCGAGCGUCCACGCUCCUUUAACAAUGCGCUCAAUGAGUCCAAGUUCGCGGAGCUGGCGCUGGCCAGCAGCAGCUGCUUGCUGCUGGACGACGAGACUUCGCCCACGGACAGCCUGGUCAGCAGCACCGAGGAGUCGGAGGAGGCGGGCGGCAAGCUCAAGAAGCACAAGCUCAAUGCCGAGCUACAGCAGAAGGUUAACGAUGUGGACAUUGAUGAUAUAUCGCCGGUGCUGGAGCUGGAGCUGGAUCCGGCCAGUCACAGUCCCGUCUCGCCAGGCACGCCCACGCACGCCUCCCACUCGCUGUCGCUGGGCUCCGAUUGCGGCAAUCUGAUCGACGACGAGAUCGCCGAUCAGCCAGCGCUGCUGUGCAACAGCGAGGCACCGGAGCAUGCCACCGACACGCCGACCCUCAUGGAGACCCACACAACCGGAUCGUUGCGUUCGCUCAAGAGCCUGUCGAAGGCGCGCACAGCUCUGCAGCAGGCCAUUGAGCUGAGUCUGCGCACUCCAGCGGCCGUGCGGCGGGCGGUGCUCAAGAGCGCCGAGUCCCUGGACACGUUGUCGCCCUGCGAGUCCAUUUGCUCGGAUGACUUGAUGAUGGACUUCGAUAUGAACAGCAGCGUGGACUCCAUAGAUCGCACCGCCUCGGUGCGCAGCCGCAGCAGCCCCGACUUGCACAAGCUGAGCGCCGACCUCGAGGCCGACCAGGCCGAGACCGAGGCGGAGCUGCUCGCCCAGCUGGACUGCCAGGGCAGCGAUGUCAUGAAGGAGCUGAACUCUCUGCUGCGCGCCCGCAUGCAGCGCAGCGCACCCACUCCCAGGGAGCGCAUCAGCGCCAAGCUGCCUGCUCGUGCCACGCGCCUGCUUAACCGCUCCCGGCUGCAGGAUCAGCAGCUAACCGGCAACGACUCGGACAACAGUUUGCGCUCCACGCACAGCGGCGCCUCCAGUCGCAAACGCAGCACCGCCGCCUCGCGCGCCUCCACCGCCUCGUCCACGUCCAGCUUGCAGCGACGCCAGCAACAGCAGCAGCAGCACCACCACCCGCUGGGUGGAAAUUCUGCCUCCGGUUCGAGACGUGCAGCAGGUGGUCUGGCGGGCAACGCGGAGCUGCACAGCUCAUCGGACGAUCUGAUGUUGUAUGACAAAUCCUUCAGGAAUGCCAUGAUUCAGGAUGUGCUGCAGUUCAAGAAGCAGCUGCUGCGCCUACGUCGCAUACUUCAGGAGGAUGCUGAAUCUGACUGCAAGCGGACGGAGACGCUAAACCCAUUCGAGAAUGACAAUGUGCAACUGUUUGCCGCCUGUGGGCUGGAUAGCAAGCAGCUGAAUGACAUCGACCUGGCCAGCCUCACCUCGUCCACCACGGAGGACCCACUGCAGGAGCUAUCGGAUCUACGUAGACAGGUGGUUUACCUUCAGGGUCAAGUGGAUGAUCGUGAUCGCACCAUACGCCUGCAGCGAGAUCUCAUCGAGCAGCUGGAGGCGGAGAAGCGACAGGCCACAGAGGGAGAUCAGGCCAACAAGGAACGCAUUAGCAUGGCCACCCAAACGGAGCGGACACGUCCACUUGCCAUUGGUGCGGAGGGUUUGUCCAGAAGUAAGCCUGAAUAUACCAGUUAUACCACGCACUUUCCGACGCUCCACUUGCAUUGCAACGACUCCACGCUGGCAGCCACCACGAUAAUUCGUCACCAGCCACAGCCACAGCCACAGUCACAGCAGCAGCAGCCGCAGCAGGCACAAUCAUGCACCAAUCAAAGCAACAACAACAACAAUAACAAAAACAACAAUUGCCGUUCUCUUAGCCAGACACGACGUCACACGAUUAUUUCCACCACAUUGACCAACUACAAUCAGCAGCUGGCCGCCGCGGCUUAUCCACGUCGCGCCUCCAUCGGCUGGGAUGGAGCUGAGACAGUUGCGCCUGCAGUGGCCCAUAAGCCGGUGCGUAUAACACUGAUUGGUGAGCCCUUGCCGCAACAAAAUGGCGGCUGUCACAAGGCAGCGGCGACGACGACGACGCCGCCAUCACAACAACAAAAUGGCGUCAAGGCGCACUUUCUGAAUGGCUGCCAGAGCGGAGCGAAGAGCGCGUUGCCGGGCGCCCAUUAUCAGCCGUUGUACAACAGCAACAAGAUGACAAACCCAACCGUAACUAUAGUCUGAUUUAGAUACCCUACACUGCAAGCAGCCCCAAAGCUAAAGGAGGAGGAUUAUAUAAAACGCACAAGUGUCAAAAGACGCUUAAGCUACAAAUUCAUUCAAAUAUGAUUAGAGAACAGUUUAAAAUAUAUUAAAAUAAAUAUAUAUCAUAUAUACACACAAAUAUAUAUUGAUAUACUCUCAAAUUGUUUUGCAGUCUUACCAAACCAGUAAAAGGAAUACAACUUAAAGAUUCAAUUAAAUUUACAUAUAUAAUAUUCUAGCUGAUAAGAAAAUUGCCUACAUUUAUCUUUGUGUACAAAAUAAAUAUAUGCAACAAGUUUAUAAAUUAUAUAUAUAAAAAGAAAAAAUAAUAUUAAUGGAAAUUUCUGCUCUAUGUCUAGUACUUAAUUACUUAAUUAAUUGUUAAUUAUGUUUUUUAAUUUGUAGUCUAAGCUUUGGUACAUUCUGUAAUUAUUUUCUUUGUGGUUUAUUUAACUGUAUUAUAGUAUACGAACCACUUGAUGCUACAAAUAUUAUAGCUACAUAUACUACAUAUAUAUAUUCUACUUAAAGAGCACAAUAAUCGUAAUUAUCCAAAAUAUUUACCAUAUGAAUACUAAAAUCCAAUUGUAAACAACGCUAAGCUUAUUAAAUAGAGUUCUAGCCAGAUGCUAUUUAUCUAUAGAA